ACAUCUGACUUAUUUUUUUUGUCAAGAUUGAGAAUUUUUUACCAAUAAAUUAAAUCAUAAUAAUGUUUGCCAACAGACAUGUUUUUAAAGUAGAGUUGUGAACUGUAGACACUGGCGUGAAAUCAGAAGUAUUGAUUAACUAAUUUUGGGCAGAAGCAAGACAAAAUUAAUUACCUUUGUUAACGAUGACCAAUGUUGACGAAAUAAUAAUCGAUCUUCCCCCUCUAAGUUUCGAAAAAUGUCCAGAGAGCGAUGACGAACGCAAUAAACGACUGGCAAUUGAAAAAUUAAUAGCUGACAGCCCGGAAAACCACAUACCAAUCGAGGAACUGCGCAAACUGGCGUUGAGUGAUUUGGGCUUGGUAAACGAUGACCUCAGACGCAUUUUGUGGCCACAGUUGGCCGGAGUGGAUGUCACCAGCUUGGAGCGUGCUCCAACCCUCGAUGAGUUGCAAACUCACCCGGAAUACAAUCAAGUUGUGCUUGAUGUAAAUCGUUCCCUGAAACGCUUUCCUCCAGGCAUUCCCUAUGAACAGCGCAUUGCAUUGCAGGAUCAACUGACUGUUCUCAUACUGCGCGUUAUUAAAAAGUAUCCAAAUUUGCGCUAUUAUCAAGGGUAUCACGAUGUGGCAGUAACAUUUCUCUUGGUCGCUGGCGAAGAGGUUGCCUAUGCCAUCAUGGAGGAGCUGUCCACAACGCAUUUUUCCGAGUGCAUGCAGGAAACAAUGGAGGCAACCCAAAGGCGUCUCAUGUUCAUUUGGCCAGUGGUCUUAUAUGAACAGCCCGAACUGUUUCAGUUCCUGCAACGCUCAUCGGUGGGCACAUUAUUUGCCCUGCCCUGGUAUUUAACCUGGUUCGGACACAGCUUGAACUCAUACAAAGCCGUUGUGCGAUUGUAUGAUUACUUCCUAGCCUCCCCAAUAUAUUCACCAAUUUUUGUGACUGCUGCAAUUCUGUUGUUUAGAUCACAAGCAAUAUUGAGCGAGGACUGUGAUAUGGCAUCGGUGCAUUGUCUCUUAUCAAAGCUACCAGAUGAUUUGCCGUUUGAGGAUUUGUUGAAAACGUCGAGUAAAUUAUACGAAAAAUACAGUUUGACUGUAAUCGAGAAAAAGGUUGAGGAACUUAUAAAAUUGGAGAAAGAGCAACGACUGCUGGAAGAGAGACACCGAUUGCGUCCACGUUCAGCGUCUUCUAAGCCAAACUAUAAAUUAAGUAAAUGGUUUUUGAAUAUCUUGACCCCAAAAUCGCUUAUGAUGACAACCGCUGUUUCGAUUGUGGUAGGCAUUUGUGCAUAUUACUACAAGAAUCAGUAUUUAGCUGCGGGUAUUAGCUGAGUCAUUGGCUAUUUCCAUCCAACGCUAUACUAUGUAUUCCGCUCUAUACCAAAACAGCCGAAAACCGUCGGUUGUAUGGUCGAAAUUUGCCUUUAUUAAUUCGUUCACCUACUCUUAAAACAUGCAUGUGAAAAUUAACAUACCCAAAAGGAACUAUGUACAUUAUGGAAAGGUUUUUGGGUUAAAUGUUUAAAGCCGUGUGCUGAUUGUAAAAAUGAAUGUAGUUUUGAAUAAAUUCAGAGGUUAAUACA